CAACGGGGACCUAUGAGUCGUUGCAGUGGGAGCCCAGCCAGCUAGCCAGCCACCUAACCCAGCCAGGCAACAGCCAUGGACCCUCUGGAGCAGGAAUACAAGUCCCCAUUUGACUUUGAGCAGGGGGUGAAUAGCAGCUACCUCUAUCUGUCUCCCAGCUUCAAUGUAACACCACCGGGCUCACCGCAAGUGACUGUCAGAGCCAGAGGUGCUGUGAGACCAGACUCUAUCCCAGAGGUAGGGGAGGAUGCAGUCACGUCAGUGACCGUGUCCCCUUCCAUCCCCACCCUGACAGAGGAGGAGCAGGAGGAGCUACGAGGGGAGCUGCUCAGGGUGGAGGAUGAGAUCUUGACUCUGUCUCAGGUGCUGACAACUAAGGAGAACCAGUUGGCAGACAUCAAGAGGAAGCUGGGCAUCACUCCUCUCAACGAGCUCAAACAGAACCUCAGCAAGAGCUGGCAAGAGGUCACCACCUCUACGGCCUAUAAGAAGACUUCAGAGGGCCUGUCCGUGGCCGGACGUAAGGCCACAGCAGCCUUCACCAACAUGGGCUCAGCCAUCAGCAGGAAGUUUGAGGACGUCAGAUUGCAGUCUAUUUCCAAUUCCUUUGGCGUACGCUCCCUACAGCAUUCUGCUAGUAUGCCCGUAAUGAGGAACACGCCCACCUUCAAGUCGUUUGAGGAGAAAGUAGAGACUUUAAAGGUCAAGAUGAGCCCGACGGUGUCUCAGGGUGAUUUUGGCGACGUGUUGACCUCUACAGCAACCUCUGACCCAUCUGUUGUCAUGGAGAAACAGCCAGAGGCCACGCCCAUCGCCAUCCAGGAAGAACAGCCCCAGUGAGACCAGGCUGACCUCCAGCCAGAUUGACAUCCACUGGAACUAUACCCUCUUUACCCUUCUGACUCCCCUCUUUCUGCCCUCUCUCUCUCUCACCUCCUCUCUCCUCCUCCCUUCUGACUCCCCUCUUUCUGCCCUCUCUC